UAAUUUGGUUUUUCCCAAUCGGGAACGUCUGUGUUGGAAAAACGUAUUUUCUGUUUUUUGGUACGUGUUAAUAAAGCGAUGUCAACUUCUCAAUCUCGCAGAAAGUAAAAACGCAAAUAGAUGUUCAUUUUUGCUAACGAUAUUUUGGAAGUUUUGGAGAGUUUUCGUCAUUUGUCUUAAAAGAAACAUCGAUAAGACCAGUCAGGAAAAGUGCGCUGGAAUGAAUUUGUGCUAAAGUAAGGUACCAGAUAAACACGCCGAUUUGGUCAAGAGGUUAAAGCUGAAAAAUUUAUAAAUGCGGCACAUUUGUCCCCAACUCGUUAUACUUGUACGACAUGUCUCCGUUAUCGAUAAUAUUCGUUUCUGCUUUGCUGAUCGCUGCAAUUGGUCCGUAUGAUGCGGUGGGAGUCUCGCCAGUUAAAUGUCAACCCGACGAAUUCCAUUGCUUGACAAACACGUGUAUUCCGAAAUCUUUGGAAUGCAACGAUGUCGAUGAUUGUGGCGACGCUUCCGACGAAACGACAGACUAUUGCCGAGCUCGAAAACACGGCCGUUGUCAUUUCCCUGGCGAUACUUGUGUCGACCCACCUCACCCGUAAAUGUGCUACCCAGAUUUAUCUUCAACAAUAACACAUUUAGAUGGACAACUACAGCGUCUCUGUAAAAUCAUUGUUGAAUGAAUAGAGUUUCAUUUUUUAGUGACCUGUUGUAAUUUGAUUACAAACACAUGUAAAAGUAAUAAAGAAAAAGUAGUACUCUC